UGGCAACCCGGGGCCGGAUUAAAGCCGUCCUGCCCAGGAAGUCGGUUUGGACUUUUAGAAAAUUGUCCGACCAGAACUAAACACCGGGUCAAAGCUGCUGGGGGACCGGAACAGGAACCGGGACGGGUAACGGGCUGUUUCUGGACCGGAUGGGUUCUAGUUCAUAAAGGAACUCCUCGGUUCCGCUGGAAGUUCUUGUCGCGACUGUCUUCAGCCGAACCGAGCUCUUUCAGAACAUGGCUGCUUAGAGCCGCGUUUCCGGGCGGGAUGGCGAGUUGGAGGCGCUACAUGGAGGUUCUGGUUCGGGGCGUGAAGGUGCUGCGGGAAGCGGGGCGGCAGUACCCGCUGUCCUGUUGCCUGCUGCUGGUUCUGCUGGGCCUCACGGUGCUGCUCCACAGGUUCCUCCACGUUUUCCUGAUGUUCUGGUCGCUGCUGGCCGGGUUCGUCACCUUCUACUUCUCCCUCGGACCCGACUCGCUGCUGCCCAACGUCUUCUUCCCCGUGAAGCCCAGAGCCAAGCGGCAGGAUCCGGAACUGUUCCCUCUGGGCCACAGCUGCGCCGUCUGCGGCACGACCCGAUGCCAGCGCCACCGGCCUGGACUGCUCCUGGAGAACCAGCAGCCCUGGUUGGACCUGAGGGUUCACUCCAAGGUGGAUGCGUCUGUGGCAGAGGUGUUCGAGCUGGUCCUGGAGAAGUUCGUGUAUCCCUGGUACAGGGACAUCACGGAGGAUGACGCCUGGCUGGAUGAAGUCAGAACCACCUUCCGCUUCUUCUCCUCGGUGCUGAUCCGCAGAGCCCAGAAGGUCGACCUCCCAGCCGUGUUUGCUGAUAAAGUGAUGAAAGUUGCCAUGAAGCACCUGGAAGUCAUCGCCAAGGCUCGAGCCAGAUCGAAGCGGUGGGAGGACCUGCAGCGGGCCGCUCUGGACGGGUACAGCGCCGGGCUGCACGCCGCGCUGCGCGGCCGCAGGGAGGAGCUGCGCUACCUGCGGACGCUGACCGACAUGCUGCUGCCCUACCUGAUGCCGCCCAAAACCACCGACUGCAGGUCUCUGGCUCUGCUGCUGCGGGAGGUGAUGGCCGGAUCCGUCUUCCUGCCCACCAUGGACUUCAUGGCCGACCCGGACACGGUGAACCUGAUGGUGCUGCUCUUCGUGGACCACACUCCGCCAGAAGCCGCCGCCGAGCCGCCGUCGCCGUUGGUUCCCUUCCUGCAGAGAUACAGCAGCAGCAGCAGGAGGCCAUCGGUUCUGCAGCUGCAGCUGAAGGCGAUCCGGAGCCAGCAGGAUCUGCUGUUCCGCUUCCUGAACUUCCUGAAGCAGGAAGGAGCCGUUCACGUCCUGCAGUUCUGCCUGGCCGCGGAAGAGUUCAACGAGCGGAUCCUGAGUCCGGACCUGAGUGACCCGGAGCUGCGGCGGCUGCAUGCAGAGGUUCUGCACAUCUAUCAGACCUUCUGCCGGGACGACAGCGCCGACAAGAUCCGCUUCGACCCGGCCGUGGUGGAGGGGAUCCGGAGCGUGGCGGUGGCGCCCUACAGCCAGGUGGUGGCGCUGCAGAGGAAGCCCUUCCUGUUCCAGGCCUACGAACUGGUUCUGUCCCUGCUGGAGGACGUUUUCACGCCCAUGUUCUGCCACAGCGACGAGUACUUCAGACACCUGCUGAGAGGAUCCGAGUCACCGACCCGGAACGCGAGGAUCAACAGGAAUCCGUCCCGACGGGGCGAGGCGUUUGGCAUCGGCCGGAUCGGGAACCGGAUCAAAGGCGUGUUCCGGAGCUCCACCAUGGAGGGCGGCCUGCUGCCAGCCGGCGCCGACCCGGACGACGACUCGGUGGAGGAGGCCACGGUGGUUCUGGAGGACGACGGGCCGGCCGAGCCGCUGGCGGCGCCUCCCCAGAGGCUCCUGUCGGCCUGGAGCGUCUCGCUACCGUUCAUCGAUUUCUGCGAAGACGAGGCCAAGCGGGAGAAGGUUCCAGUCUUUGUCAUCGACGUGAAGAGGAACGACCGCCGGGACGCAGGUCACGACCCCGAGUCCUGGACGGUUUGCAGGCGGUACCUGGAGUUCUACGUUCUGGAGUCCAAACUCACAGAGUUCCAUGGAACCUUCUCGGACGUUCAGCUUCCAUCGAAGCGGCUCAUCGGACCAAAGAACUACGAAUUCCUGGAAUCGAAGCGGGAAGAGUUUGAGGAAUAUUUACGGAGGCUGCUGCUGCUCCCUGAGCUCAGCAACAGUCAGCUGCUGGCCGACUUCCUGUCUCCCUUCAGCCUGGAGUCCCAGUUCCUGGACAAGAUGCUGCCAGACGUCAACCUGGGGAAAAUCUUUAAGUCUGUUCCUGGGAAGCUGAUGAAGGAGAAAGGACAGAACCUGGAGCCCUUCAUCCAGUCCUUCUUCAACUCCUGCGAGUCGCCCAAACCCAAACCGAGCCGACCAGAACUCACCGUCCUCAGCCCGUCUGCAGAGAACAACAAGAAGCUCUUCAACGACCUGUUCCGGAACAACGCCGACCUCUCCGACGCUCCGGAGCGGAAACACAACUCUAAUUGCUUCCUGGAGGUCGUGGCCGUGGACGGCAUGUACGACUACCUGAUGUAUGUUGGUCGCGUUCUGUUCCGGGUUCCGGACUGGCUGCACCACGUCUUGGCGGCCUGCCGGAUUCUGUUCAAGAACUCUCUGGAGGCCUACAUGGACCGGUACCUGCGGUCCAAAUUGGAGGCGGUUCUGCAGGAGCACCGGCUGGUGUCGCUCAUCACGCAGCUCAGAGAUGCCGUUUUCUGUGAGAACCACCAGGAGCGAAGUCCAGAGGAGAAACUUCAGAGAGCCAAGCAGACGUUUGACCAGAUGAUGAGCUACCUGCCAGACGCCGUGGUGAAGCUGAUCGGGGAAGAGUGUCAGAGAGACGGGAUCGAGCUGCUGUUCCACGCGCUGCAGCAGCCGCUGCUCAACAAGCAGAUGACCUACAUCCUGCUGGACAUCGCCAUCCUGGAGCUUUUCCCUGAACUGAACCAGCAGGGGUCGAGGGAACCGUUCAUUGUGUGACCAGACCGGGUUGGACCGGGUCGGAGGCUGGACCUCAGAACCAACACCAAGGAUCUCCUGCUGCCUCCCAACCAUCAGACAUUCCACUUCCUGUCUAAUAAACGUAUUUAUUCCCCAUCA